GGAAGUUGAGAGGAAGCCGAGGAGUGCCUUCAAGCUCUCGCAGCUGGAGGAGAUGUUCAAAAGCAGCGCCUACAUCAACAACGUUUACUGCAUCGCCAAGGACCAGGCGGGUUGCAGGAUGCUGCAGCACAAGCUCGAUGAGGGCGGUCCUGACGUGUUCGCGGCAGUCUUCAGUGAGGUUGUGACACAUGCAGUUGAGCUCAUGAUGGAUCCCUUCGGGAACUACCUCUGCCAGAAGCUCAUGGAGAUGUCCACCGCGCGACAGCUCGAGGUUUUGGUAGACAAGACCUAUGGCAGCCUUGUGAACAUCUCUUUGAAUAUGCACGGAGCUAGAGCCGUGCAGAAGCUGAUCGACGUGGUCCGGAUGGUGCCUGUCUGCAUGACCCGGCUCGUGGGGGCCCUGGAUUUCGCUGUCGUCACGCUCACGAAGGACCCGAACGGGAACCACGUGGUACAAAGAUGCCUCGAGUCACUCCCGAGCGAUGCCCACGGCUUCAUCUUCAGGGCAGUGGCGAAAGACAUCGAAGACGUGGCUUCGCACCGGCACGGCUGCAGGAUUGUUCAAAGAUGCAUCGAUGCUGCAAAGGGCAGCGAUCGAACAAUGCUGAUAGGUGCCAUAUGCAGGGCUUCUUUGACAUUGAUCCAGGAUCCCUUCGGCAACUACGUGGUGCAGUACGUGCUAGGCCUCCAAGAUCCGCAGGCCAGCUCCUUGAUCGUGACUGCCAUGACGGGGCGGCUGAAUGUGCUCUCGCGGCAGAAGUUCAGCUCCAACGUGGUGGAACGGUGCCUCCAGCUCGCCAGUCCCGAGGACAGGGCGCGGAUGAUCACCGAGCUGGCUGAUCCUCGAGGCCUAGGCGAGCUUCUUCGAGACAUCUACGGGAACUACGUUGUUCAAAGCGCUUUGAACAUCGCCGUGGAACCUCAGAUAUCAGCUGUUCUAGCUGCCGUUCGGCCUUUGCUGCCGUCGCUCCGCUCCAGUGGCCAGGGGAGGCAGGGGGUCCAGGUUUUCUGCCUUACACUGAGCCAGGUCGUAAACUUUCUUCGUGUGCAUCUCACUGGGUCGAGGAUCUUGCUAACAGUAUUGGUUGAUUGA